GGGCUGAUCAGUCGUGCGUGGCACUUGACACGCGCUGCGUCUUUUCGUUUGUUUCUCUUGGACUUUUUACGGAUCGCAUCGUUUUCAUCCACCCGCUUGUACUCUUCCUUUCUCUCGCUUGGCUUUGCCUCUCCUCCAUUUUCCUUUUUGCUCUUUCUUCCUUCCUCUAUUUGCACCUCUUUCUUCCUCUUAUUCUUCGUUCUUUGUUUCCCCCAUAUUUCUUGCUCCCCUCUUCUCUGCCGUCGUACCUGUCCUCUAUUUUCAUGUUUUUCUGUUUCCCUUUCUGUUUGAGAAAUCUAAUUCCAUUCAACCUUUCGAUGUUUCGAAAAUUAGAAUAACACGGAUUUGCCGUUUCGUGUGAAAGUCGUGCUUUUCGUUGCAACGGCUCCGAAUGCCGCAAGUGAAGUCUAUUCGCCAACAUCCAUGUUGAUUUUAGUGUAAACUUGACGCCUGGUGUUGCUGUCCUCAAAGUGUAGAGAUUUUAAAAGUUAUCACUGCUUCGAGUUGGGUGGUCUGCUUUUUUGAACUUCGACUAGGCUACCGAACAUAAUCAAGAGGACUGUGUACAUCAUACGUGAUACGAGUGAUUCAGUGAAUGAUUGAAUUAUUGCGCGUGCUUGCCGGUUUCGUUUUCGAUAAAUAAAAUUUCUCCGCGAUACGGGUAAUAUCUGUUCGAGCCUUGGAGACGUGUGCUCCGACUCACCACGUGUCGCUUUCGACAACGAACAACGAAUAACAGAGAACAAACUCGUGAGUUUCAACCGCCCAGCCUUACAUCUUCCUACCUUGCGUCUUCGUGACUGAAUGUUCGAUUCACGUGACUCUUCUGCUGCUAUCGAUGUCGAGAUCGUUACUGGGCAACGUUACCAUCAUACUCUCCAACGUUUUCUCCCCUUGCACCAGCUACCUUUGACUCGAUGCAAGUGGCACUCCUACGGAAGGAACGAGGAUCGAUAUUUACAAGAGAAUUUUGAGAGUGCCCUAGACGAGUGGUCUUUGUUGUUGCUGUUGUUGACGUCGGCUUCGUCGUCGUCGUCGUCGUCGUCGUCGCCGUCGUCGUUGCCGUCGUCGUCGCCGUCGUCGUUGUCGCUGCGAUCACCGUUCUCAUCUUCAUCGUCGUUAUCCUCUUCGUCAUCGUCAUCGCCAUCGUCAUCGUCAUCGUCAUCGUCAUCGUCCUCAUCGUCAUCGUUCUCAUCGUCAUCGUCCUCAUCGUUUUGUCAUCGUCAACGUCGUGGGGGUUGUCAAAGGGUAUCGCGAACACGACAAGAACACGGAGUAGCGAUUCGAUCUCGCCCGCUUCAGAUUCAGUCGUUCGUCAUCGAGCGUUCACAAUGGCCGUUCGUUUAUGACGAAUCCAGCGCGUAUAAGAAGCGAGCAAAGCGACGGAGCGGCAGCGGUGUCGUCCGGAAGCGAAGGCCGGAGAAGAAGCGGCGAGAGCGUGCCAGUGCCGGUGCCGGUAUCGGUGCCGGUGCUCGUGCCUCUCGACGGACCGAGGAAACAGGAACGAGAGACUACGUUUCCUUUCUGCCAGGUGCGCUCGUAUCCCCAUCCAAAGUGGCUAAGAGCGUAAGUCCUCAUCGAGUGCACCAGGAGUGCUCGAGCGGAGGGGAGGUGCAGGUACAGGUGCAGCAGGAGAGACGAGCACCGAGGCGCAUGCCUUACCUGGGGCCUGAUAUGACAACCCGGCUAUCCGCCAUGUUUUACACGGUUGAAGUCGGGGACACCAGAUUCACCAUUCUCAAGCGGUAUCAAAACCUGAAGCCAAUCGGUUCCGGGGCACAGGGGAUCGUUUGCGCGGCGUACGACACGGUGACCGCGCAAAAUGUCGCGAUCAAGAAACUCUCCAGACCUUUUCAGAACGUGACGCACGCGAAGAGAGCGUAUAGGGAAUUCAAGCUUAUGAAGCUGGUCAAUCAUAAGAACAUAAUCGGUUUGUUGAACGCGUUCACGCCGCAACGGUCGUUGGACGAGUUUCAAGACGUGUACUUGGUGAUGGAGCUUAUGGACGCGAACCUGUGCCAGGUGAUUCAGAUGGAUCUGGAUCACGAGCGUAUGUCCUACCUGCUUUAUCAGAUGCUGUGCGGCAUCAAGCACUUACACUCGGCCGGUAUCAUUCACAGGGAUUUGAAGCCGAGCAAUAUCGUGGUAAAGGCAGACUGUACGCUGAAAAUUCUCGACUUUGGCCUGGCUAGGACCGCUGGGACAACCUUCAUGAUGACGCCGUACGUGGUGACGCGAUACUACAGGGCGCCGGAGGUGAUCCUCGGGAUGGGAUACAAGGAGAACGUGGAUAUUUGGUCGGUCGGAUGCAUAAUGGGCGAAAUGAUUCGGGGCGGUGUGCUGUUUCCCGGCACGGAUCACAUCGACCAGUGGAACAAGAUAAUCGAGCAACUGGGAACGCCGGCGCAGGAAUUCAUGCAGCGGCUGCAGCCAACGGUCAGGAAUUACGUUGAGAACAGGCCGCGGUAUCCGGGAUAUCCGUUCGACAGGUUAUUCCCGGACGUUCUGUUUCCAUCGGACUCGUCGGAGCACAACCGAUUGAAAGCCAGCCAAGCCAGGGAUCUAUUGUCGCGCAUGCUCGUGAUCGACCCCGAGCGACGCAUCUCCGUCGACGAUGCUUUGCUGCACAAUUACAUAAACGUGUGGUACGACGAGGGCGAAGUCAAUGCCCCUGCACCAGGCCCCUACGACCAUAGCGUGGACGAGAGGGAACACACGGUGGACCAGUGGAAAGAGCUGAUUUACCAGGAGGUGAUGGAGUACGAGACGAGCCAUAAUCCGGCGACGGUGGCUCAAACGUCCGAGAGUGGUGAUUCUCGGUAGACACGCAAGAACCUUACCACCUUUCGCGUCAGGGGCGCACCUAGACUGUCCGAUCUAUUAUACGUACAUAUAUAUACACACGCGUGCGCGAACACCUACCCGCCCACGCACAUACACGUACACAGGCCCACGACAUAUUACGACAGAUGCGUGUGUAUAUGUAUGCAUGUAUGUAUGAAUAUAUAUACAUAUACAUACAUAUACAAAUAUAUAUAUAUAUUUAUAUAUAUUCGUGGAAAUGUAAAGAAAGGAAGCGACGAUUAGGAACAGUUUCACGUCCAUGGAAAAGACGUACGUUAAACGAAGAGCCGUUUUCGUUCGAGACGAAGAAGAUCACGAAACGAAUGAAACCAGGAUAGAAAAGGAAAGUGCGAGAGAGAGAGAGAGAGAGAGAGUGAGAGUGUGUGUGCGUGCGUGUGUGUGCGAGAGGACAAGAGCGAGAGCGAACACGAUCGAGCAGGAGUGUGUGCGAGAAGCAAGGAGAGAAAAUGUGAGAUGAAGCGAAAGGUAAAAUGGUAAAGCGCUUAUUUGCGAGGAAAGAGCGAAAAG